GGCGGAGGCUGUGAGGGUGCGCGGGCCGGGCCGGGCCGGGAAAGCAGCCGCCAUGGAGCUGUGGCGACAGUGUACCCACUGGCUGAUCCAGUGCCGGGUGCUGCCGCCCAGCCACCGCGUGACCUGGGACGGGGCCCAGGUGUGCGAGCUGGCGCAAGCCCUGCGGGAUGGGGUCCUUCUCUGCCAGCUGCUUAACAACCUGCAGCCCCACGCCAUCAACUUACGCGAGGUCAACCUGCGUCCCCAGAUGUCCCAGUUCCUGUGCCUUAAGAACAUCCGCACCUUCUUGUCUACCUGCUGUGAGAAGUUUGGCCUCAAGAGGAGCGAGCUCUUUGAGGCCUUUGACCUCUUCGAUGUGCAGGAUUUCGGGAAGGUCAUCUACACCCUGUCCGCCCUGUCCUGGACCCAGAUUGCCCAGAACAAGGGGAUCAUGCCCUUCCCCACGGAGGAGGAGAGUGUCGGGGAUGAAGACAUCUACAGCGGCCUGUCCGACCAGAUUGACGACACCGUGGAGGAGGAUGAGGACCUGUAUGACUGCGUGGAGAACGAGGAGGCCGAGGGCGACGAGAUCUAUGAGGACCUCAUGCGCUCGGAGCCGGUGCCCAUGCCGCCCAAGAUGACAGAUUACGACAAGCGGUGCUGCUGCCUGCGAGAGAUCCAGCAGACGGAGGAGAAGUACACGGACACGCUAGGCUCCAUCCAACAGCACUUCAUGAAGCCCCUGCAGCGGUUCCUCAAACCUGAAGACAUAGAGAUCAUCUUCAUCAACAUCGAGGACCUGCUUCGUGUGCACACUCACUUCCUAAAGGAGAUGAAGGAAGCCCUGGCCACCACCAGUGCACCUACCCUCUACCAGGUCUUCAUCAAAUACAAGGAGAGGUUCCUCAUCUAUGGCCGCUACUGCAGCCAGGUGGAGUCGGCCAGCAAGCACCUGGACCGCGUGGCCAGCGCCCGGGAGGAUGUACAGAUGAAGCUGGAGGAAUGUUCUCAGCGAGCAAACAAUGGGAGGUUCACCUUGCGGGACCUGCUGAUGGUGCCAAUGCAGCGAGUGCUCAAGUACCACCUCCUUCUCCAGGAGCUGGUGAAACACACGCAGGAUGCAAUGGAGAAGGAGAAUCUGCGGCUCGCUCUGGAUGCAAUGAGGGACCUGGCGCAGUGCGUGAAUGAGGUCAAGCGGGACAAUGAGACGCUGCGGCAGAUCACCAACUUCCAGCUGUCUAUUGAGAACCUGGACCAGUCUCUGGCCCACUAUGGCCGGCCCAAGAUCGAUGGGGAACUCAAGAUCACCUCCGUGGAGCGCCGCUCCAAGACAGACAGGUACGCCUUCCUGCUCGACAAAGCCCUGCUCAUCUGCAAGCGCCGAGGGGACUCCUACGACCUCAAGGACUUUGUGAACCUGCACAGCUUCCAGGUUCGAGAUGACUCUUCGGGAGAGCGUGACAACAAGAAGUGGACUCACAUGUUUCUCCUGAUCGAGGACCAAGGUGCUCAGGGCUAUGAGCUGUUCUUCAAGACGCGAGAACUGAAGAAGAAGUGGAUGGAACAGUUCGAGAUGGCCAUCUCCAACAUCUACCCUGAGAAUGCCACAGCCAACGGGCACGACUUCCAGAUGUUCUCCUUCGAGGAGACCACGUCCUGCAAGGCUUGCCAGAUGCUGCUGAGAGGCACCUUCUACCAGGGCUACCGUUGUCAUCGGUGCCGGGCACCUGCACACAAAGAGUGUCUGGGGAGGGUACCUCCCUGUGGCCGCCAUGGGCAAGAUUUUGCUGGAACUAUGAAGAAGGAUAGGCUACAUCGCCGGGCUCAGGACAAAAAGAAGAAUGAGCUGGGGCUGCCCAAGAUGGAGGUUUGCCAGGAGUACUACGGGAUUCCUCCACCCCCGGGAGCCUUGGGACCUUUUCUACGGCUCAACCCCGGAGACAUCGUGGAACUCACCAAGGCCGAGGCUGAGCAGAACUGGUGGGAGGGCAGGAAUACAGCUACCAAUGAAGUUGGCUGGUUUCCCUGUAACAGGGUCAAGCCCUACGUGCAUAAGAGGAAUUUGGGGCUCAGAGCGGAAAAACCAGUUCCUGAGGUCACAGAGCAUCUAGGGGGCCAAGCCAGGAUUCCAACCACAGUGUGUCCAGGCUGUGCUCGCUCUGCCCACCCCGGCCGGGCAGUGGUCACCAGAGCGGAAACGGGGUACGCUGGCCCCAUGGAGCGCGCCGGAGCAGAAAGCAUCCUCACCAACCGCUCCGACGGGACCUUCUUGGUGCGGCAGCGGGUGAAGGACGCAGCAGAGUUUGCCAUCAGCAUUAAGUACAAUGUUGAGGUCAAGCACAUUAAAAUCAUGACGGCGGAAGGACUGUACCGGAUCACAGAAAAGAAGGCCUUCCGGGGGCUGGCGGAGCUGGUGGAGUUUUACCAGCAGAACUCCCUGAAGGAUUGCUUCAAGUCGCUGGACACCACCCUGCAGUUCCCUUUCAAGGAGCCCGAGAGGAGAGCCAUAAGCAAACCGACAGCGGGAAGCACCAAGUAUUUUGGCACAGCCAAAGUCCGCUACGACUUCUGCGCCAGGGACCGAUCCGAGCUGAACCUCAAGGAGGGUGACAUUGUCAAGAUCCUUAACAAGAAGGGGCAACAAGGCUGGUGGCGAGGGGAGAUCUAUGGCCGGAUUGGCUGGUUCCCCUCGAACUAUGUGGAGGAGGAUUAUUCUGAGUACUGCUAGCUCUGGCACACCGGCAGGAGGGCGAGAAGCUGCAGGCUGUGAGUCCAAGACGAGCAGGCUGCGUGGCCAGGGGCUGUGACAGGUCCCUUCCCAGCGGGCGGAGAAUCCGAGAUGGACUACGAGGGCCUGCGUCCAGUUGACGGGGCUUCUGGGGCGAUGCCCGGCCAUGGUUAAUUUAUAACACACUGAUUUCCCCUGGGGUCUCCUCCGGAAGGUGGGGCUCAAGGCAACCGCUUUGAAUAAAAUGAUGAAUGGA